GCGCCUUCCCAUCCAGUACGCUCUCGACCUCCUCCGGGAAAGCACGCACCACGAACGUCCAAACAAGUCGAGCAAAAAGUUUGCCAACUUUUCUCCGGUUUCCGGGAGCCCGGAAAGCGCACAUAAGAGCACCGCUCCGGAUGAAUGGGCCAGGGCCAACAUAAAUACUAGGGUCGCCGCCGCCGAACUGCAGCAGGAUGCCUGUCGGGGGCAGAGUAGCUGGAAAAGUUACCGGCAUUAUCUCCAACGGAUACAAUGGCCGCUCGUACCAGGGUAUCAACGAAGAGAUUAUUUGGGUCAGCAUAGGAAUGGGAAUCGCUAUCGCAGUCCUCAUCACCAUAGCGCUUUGCUACAUAAUGCGAGAAAAGUGCAUACAGAGGAGAGAGUACUACAUCACGGCAUGAAUUGCCCCACUUUAAGUGUAUAGAACUAUGUAUAGGUAGAAACCUUUAGACCUCCUGUGUAGCGGGCGUCUGGGAUUUGUCCGACAGGCAACAACUCACUUAGCGGAGACAUCGCUGAAAUUUUCCGUCAACUUAUCGUCAAACUUGGCUUUUAUGGUUCUCCGCUGCUGCUUGGCGGGCAAACCUCGACGCCCCGUCCAAACGACUCAUCUAAAUUGCUCAGUAAAAACUAAAUACUAAACGCGCCAACACAAUUCGAACUCAUCCAUCUUUCUCGACAAUAAAUUCAGAGGGUUUUCUGUUCUUCGACACUUCUGGCAGAGGUUAAGCCAUGCUCCUGAGUUAUUACUGUUUAUCGACUGAUCCGUUGCUUUCGAGGGUGAGUUUAAAAUCUUUGUGAUAAAACUGAAGGUUACAAUCCUGUGCCAAUAAACACUAAGCUAAAUGACCACGGUAACGCAGAUUUACCAGGGUAGUUCUAGGGUAGUUUUAUGUAUAGACUAUGUAUGUAUAGAGGGGUGCAAUUCCUCCACUGUAUACUUUGUGGUAAAUUUAAGGCGGCUUAAACCGUACCGUAAUUAUCGACUUUACGACUUGGAAAUGAGGGAGUUGUUGCUGUGAAGUCUUAAUCUCGCGUUUCAUUGCUCAACUUGGAGAAUUAUUUACAAAGACAGUAAUAGCAGCUGCAGACUAUUGUACUCAAAAAUACGAAAAAAUUGCACUCGGUAACUAAAAAAUAAAUAAAUUAUGAUUAAUUAAUCAAUUAAUUCAAUUACUAAAACUAGGGCGCGUAAUUUUAAUUAUUAAAACAGUCGUAGAAUCGGUAAACACAGCUGAAAACUUAAUUCAAUUCACUAAUAACAAACUCCGUCGUGCAACACUGUAAACUUCCCAUGAGCAACUUUUACUUAAAGCGUUAUGGAAACCUAUUAAAACUUUUACGACCGAAGGAACUAUAAAACAUUAAAUUGCAAAUAAAACUGCCAUCACUUAAGCGCACACAUAAAUCAAAUAAAAGUUUCUAGCUGCCGUUCAACUCUUGACUGUUGAAGAGCUUUACUUUCGCCGCAGUGAACAAUGACGACAACAUAACCUCAUUUUUCCUGCAACUAAAGCCGGUUUUACAGUAAAGAAGUUGCUGUUUCCGUUGACGUUGCAAAGUUGCCAUUGAUUACAACAAAAAUUUACCAUUUUAAGUUUCUUAUUGUGGA